ACUGUGUAUCGUUUAUCAAUUAAAAUCACAAGGGGAUCAGCGCCAGUGAGUUUAUCAUUACCUGAGGUGAUUUCUGAACGACCGAGGAAACUCUGGAAAUCUAGGAAAAUGCCUGGCUUGCGGUGUUUCGUCGCAGCUGCUGCGCUUUUCAUUAUUUUUGGGCUGUUCGCUGAGGGGAAGCUCAUGUCGAAAUGUGAGGUUGUUAAAGAGCUGCAGAAGGCAGGCAUUUCCAAGACCUUCAUCAGCAAUUGGGUUUGCUUGAUGAUCAAUGAGAGCGGUCUCAACACUGAUCUACAGAAAGGGCCCGGAACAGCCGCCAGUUAUUCCUUCGGAAUUCUGCAAAUCAGCAGUCUCAACAAUAAAUAUUGCAUACGCGGAAGAGCAGGUGGACAGUGUAAUCAGAAAUGCGAGGACUUCCUUAACGACGAUAUCAGCGAUGAUAUUGCCUGCGCCCAGAAAAUUAGUAACGCUGAGGGGUUCAAGUAUUGGAAGGGCUGGGUCAAAAAGUGCAAAAACCAACCACUCCCUGAUAUCGCCAAUUGUAAAAGACGCCGGCGUUCGCUCUACAUCUAACGAUGUCACUAACUUGUUUAUUGCGAUGUUUUCCACGCUGUGUGAUCAAUAAAAAUUGUUCUAUCACACUCAA